CUCAUUCGUUGUCACAGGAACUGAAAACCCACACUGACUUACACGUAGCCUGGUCAAACAUCCGUUCAAACCUUCACAGACCAAUGAGGAUGACUAAUAUGACCUUGCAUCGGGAUCCUAUCCUUCUGUUUUACUUGGGACCUUUUCCAUUGAGACUAUAAGUUCUCAAUUCAUGAAACCAUAACAAGGAAUGUUAGAGCCAAGGUUUUCUUAUUUAUUUCCUACCCAUCUUUCUGGAUUUUUUUGUUGUUGCAAAAAUGGACAAUUAUUUUCCAUUUUUAGUGCAUAAUACUGUCUGGGCAUAAGGAGGUUCAAGGACAAUUCUGGACAAAACUUCGGUUUGAUUGUCUGCUAUCUGACCUGCAGUAGAUCUCUGGUCUCUGUGUUUCCUGUGGGUAUAUAUGGCUCAAGUCCAGGUCACCGGUGCGAGGUUUAGCUGGACCCCUCUGCUGGCUCUGUCUCAAUUCACCUAUUUACUGUUGGGAGCCACCAUUUUCCAACUGCUUGAGAAAGAAGCUGAAAGUAAGAAUCGCAUCCAUUUUCAGAUGGAGAAACUAUUUUUUCUGGCUAAUUACAGCUGCCUGGAUGGGCCAGCCUUGGAGAAGUUUGUACAGGUGAUUUUAGAUGCAAGAGAAAGUGGAGUGAACCCUUCAGGAAACUCUACUAGUGCAAGUAACUGGGAUUUUGGCAGUUCUUUCUUCUUUGCAGGGACCGUUGUCACCACUAUAGGCUAUGGAAAUCUCUCCCCCACCACAUACCCCGGGCAGGUUUUCUGUGUGUUUUAUGCCUUAUGUGGGAUCCCCCUUAACCUAGCCUUCCUCAAUCAGCUCAGCAAGUGUCUCGGUGCUCAUCUAGGACGCCUGGAGCACAAGAUGAUGUCAAUGGUGCCUCAUAAGGCAGCAGUGUUGGACUUUCAAAAUGACCUCACCAUUCAAUCACAACAUGAUAAAAAAAAGCAGUGUGUGGAGGUGCUGGCGGUGGCCUUAUUCCUGCUCAUGGGCAGUGUGCUCUUCCUGAUCUUCCCACCGGUGAUCUUCAGCUACGUGGAGGACUGGUCAUACGGAGAGGGUUUCUACUAUGCCUUCAUAACUCUCAGCACCAUUGGCUUUGGAGACUAUGUGGUGGGAAAUGGCCGGGACAAGCAAAACGUCUCUGUGUACCGCUGCCUAGCAGCAGUAUGGAUAAUCUUUGCCCUUGCAUGGCUCGCCUUGCUCCUCAACAUAGGUGCCAGGAUCAUGGAGCAUUUUCUUAGCAUCAAACAACCCUCCAUGACUGUAAGAGAUGAGCAAAGGUCUUCAGUAAGAAAGCAGGUGGAAAGUCUGAGUACACCAGAGAACCAACCCGAAGAGAAGAAGGAAAAAGCAUUCUUUAAAAUCAGAGUGGUUUAACCCAUGUGGUUUAAGACUGUCAGAGCUUUUAUUGGCUAUAAAUCCUAUGUUUCAGCCAUUUUAAUGUUGUUUUUUUUAGUCUCUUCAUUCAUAUAAUUUGUACCUUAUAUUCUAGAUUUCAUACAUUACCUGUUAAAAAAUUGUGCAAUGUUAAUGAUAAAUCCGAUUCCUUUUCAUGCCAUGUAUUGGAUUUAGUUUAGAAAUUGAAAUUGCAUGGGACAGCAUCAGCAGACCACAAAUCGAUUAUCUCAGUAGAUAGUAAUUAUGGGUGAAAUCAAUGUCACAACUAGUUUUCAGAGUUGUGUUUUUUCCUGAAAGAAAAUUUGGUGCAUUCAGUAAAGUGUGAAUACUGCUAAAUCUAUAUACGUAAUAACUUCUAUAUAUAUAUUUACAAAUUCUUGGGCUAGAAUUGUGCUUGUGUCUUGGCCAGAUACAAUGAAAAAUGAUGAAUUAAAAACUCUGGUACAAAAAGUCACAAAUCUGUAAACAAAAGACUGUGUGAAUCUGUCCAUAUACUAACAAUGUGCUAGGCUCUCGGCACCAGAGCUUUGUAAUUAAGGACAGUGUCCCAAUUCAAAGAGAAGGAUGUCUCUGUCUAAGGAAGAAGAGAUGGUGGUGAGCUGUCUCUGAUCACUGCCUAUGUGUGAUUGGACCAUGUGUGCCCUGGAGAGGUAUAGAGAAGCUACCUGUGAUCAUUUUUAAAUUGGGGAUCUAGGGUUGUCUUCAGACAAACCAUGGUGUGAUCUGUAUCUGAUGUGGAAGUUAUCUGCUUUCUAUGUUGCAUUCGUAGUAAAGUGGUUGUUUCAGGCUUUUUAAUUUUUGCUCCGUGAUGGUAUGGGAGCCUCAGCGGAGGAGAGGAAAUACAAUAUUUGUUUUAAAACCAGACUGAAGCACUAUAUUUAGCUCUGUGGAUAACAGAAAUGCAUUUCUCAUGCUAUAGCCUGGACCAUCCAAAAAGUGCCUUCUUCACUUCUUUAGUGUUCUUGCUUAAAGGAAAUAAUAAAUAAAAGUCCUGAAAACUGAGGAAUUCUUCUAUCUGAAACCCAAGAAAAAGCCGAAAAAUCAAGAAGUGGACUCAAGUGUUUUGGACUAAGUGUUAAAACACCCUUAAAGCAGUUUGUGAGUCAAGUACACCUAAAUCAAUGUAUAGAUUACAGUUUAGAGAUUUAGUAAUAGUCAUAUGGCUUUUAAGCACUUGUAUCUAUACAGUCUUCUGGUCACUAGUGCAUUAUGCAUUUGCAUUUCUCCUUUGAGUAUUCUUGUUGUGCCUUGGAAUUUGCAUCCUCUUUUUGUUUUUUACAUAGCUCAGGUUACAUCCAGGAUAAGCAUGCAUUCAUUCAACUAUAAAAAUGUGUUAGACAUUUUAAUGAACUGCUUUUUAUAUACGAGGACCACAAGUUUGACAUUUAUUCAUGAGAUAUAUUCCCUUUUUCUGGGACUCAGAUUUGAGUCCCUUGUCAUAAUGAAUAUGUACUUGUAAGUGUGUAUACAAUGGAUAUGAAUCGUCUUCACCCCCUGUUGAAACGGCAGGUUUUUAUGACGGAAAAAAAUGAAAUCAAAAUAAAACGUAACUUUUUAAUGACUUGUUAGCAAAUUACAACAUAAAAUAAAGUGAAAACCAAUCAGAAAUAUCAUGGAAAAAAAGGGGAGGAAAAACAAGUUUAUCAAUUAUCCAGUCUUUUAUAAAUGGGAACGUGUCUGAAUGAACCAAUGACAUUCAAUCUCAUGUUUAGAAGUGAUUG